AUUUUAUUAUUUUCUCCAUGCUGCGCUUGAUGUAAACAUCGAUUGAUGAAGGAAUUCUAGGCCCUGGCCAGGGUAACGUCUGAAAUGUCAAAGACUCAGUGUAAAUUAGGUGCACUACUCAUGCAAGAUCAUUAUGGAGAGGUGGUCGAAAAAGUAUGUACUUGCUUAGUGAAAAAUGGUGCGAAGCCUUGUAGGUUGCUCGCAAAUGAAACACAGCUUAAACUGGAGCAGGUGAAAAAAGCAAUCGCUGUCCUUAUUCAACUUGGCCAUGUUGAGUUUGAUUGCAACAAACGGGGGUUUGUGGAGUAUUCUGCCAGGCUCGACCGUAUCCUCCUACACACACGAUAUCCAAAGUACAUCUAUUGUGCCAAAUCUUUGUAUGGUGAUGCCGGGGAGUUGAUCAUUGAGGAACUGCUACAGAAUGGACAUAUGCUAAUGAGCGAGGUGGUUGCCAAAGUCUGGCAGAGGCUGACUGAAGUUCUUGAACAAAAUAAAAUCAUAGAAGAGGCAACUGUGCGGCAAAAGUUUGUUGACCUCGUCAACACACACUUCUUGCAGCGGUCUGCAACAACCAGUGAUAAGGAUGCAUCAAAGGAAGACAGUGUAGCACCAAGGCUUACUGUAACAGAAGAAGAUAUGUACAAAAUCCCAACAGGAAUGGCUCCUGAUAGUAAAGUGAACAUAAGAAAGAGAAAGCUGUCUACAGAAGAAGAUACUAAUCCAUCAAAAAAGCAGAAAACAGAGCCAGCAAUUGACCAGGGGAUUUACUGGUGUGUGAACUUUGACCGAUUUCAUCAAUAUAUGCGUGACCAGGAGAUUGUUGCUGCCAUCAGGAAACGAAUUGAUGAUAAUGCAGCAUCAAUUGUCCAGACAAUGCUAAGAAUUAGUGAAGUGACUACUGUUUGCCAAGCUGAUGUCACAAAUCCAAUGUCAACCAGUACGAUCUUAGAGGCUUUGCCGAAAGAACCAGCAAUUGACCAGAGCAUUUUGAACCAAUACCUAAAAAUACUGUUAGAGGAUCAGACUGAGUUCAUAUCAAAAUUCAGCACAUCAGGUGGAGGAAUGUAUGUUGUCAAUAUUCACAAAGCUGUGAGGGCACUCUGUGUAGCCACACUUGAAUCUACAGUCCUAGAGCGGUUUGGUCAGAAAAGUUACAGAAUAUUCAAGUUGUUACUACUUAAGAAAUACUUAGAACAGAAGCAGAUAGAGGAAUUUGCACUUAUUCCUGCCAAAGAAGCCAAAGAAAUGCUGUACAACCUGUUUGCUGAGCAGCUUGUCACGGUGCAGGAAAUUCCACGCACACCAGAUCAUGCACCAUCACGCACAUUCUUUCUGUUCAAUGUGAAUGUAGAACAGGUGUGUCGUAAUAUUCUCGAAAGAUCCUACAAGUCUCUCGUAAAUCUAAUCUUAAGACGGAACCAUGAAACGCAAAUCAAUAAACGCGUCAUUGAAAAAUCUCAGCGGGUCGAAGCUAUUGCAGCAUCAUUACAGAGUGCAGGGGCUGAUGCUGCACAGACGGCGGAAAUAGAAGAUAUGAUCACCCCCUCGGAAGCAGUACAACUCAAACGAUACAAGGACAACAUAGCCAAGCUGGAAAAAUGUGAGAUUCAAGUAGAUGAAAGUAUAUUUAUCCUGAAAUUGUACACAGAAUACAGCAAUAACCAUUGACACAAGUUCAUUCAAAUAAAGGAUGUUUUGCCACAGUUCGUGGACAUGUAGGCAUAUGCAGUUACAAUAAAAUUCGCUGGCCAUCAUGCCCCAUGCAUACUGCACAUAUUUUUGCCGACCCGUUGUCCUCCUUUGUUAUAUUUUAAAUGAACACAAAUUAAAAACCAAGAACUGGAAUAAAUUUGACAAAUAUUGUGUUUGCAUUCAA